ACGUUAUACUUUGGAUGUCUAUCUCUCCACUUAACCAAGUUCAGCAUUGGACGGAGCUGCGUGAUUUCUUUUAAAUCACUAUUUCAUUUUUAUUUUUCUCUAUAGAAAAAAAUUGCCAACUCUAAACCAAGAUGAACAAAAUUAUGUUGGGACUCUUUGCAGUGACUCUUUGCUUUAUUUUUGCGGAGUCCCUGACAUGUAACUCGUGUACGGUGGGUCUUUUUGGGAAAUGUUUCUUGCCUUCCACAACGACAUGCGCACCAAACCAACCAUAUUGCUACACCGGUACAGCAACAUUCUCAGGUAUCUCCGGCUUCAGUGGAUUCAAUAGCCAGGGCUGCAUGGACGGACCCUCCUGCAACAAUACCCUCAACGCCACCGUGUUUUUCGCCACUGUAACUGUGACGAAGACCUGCUGCAGCACAGAGAAAUGCAACCCUGUCUCGCUGAAUGGGGCCCCCUCUGCUGAGCUCUCCCUAACCGCUGCAGUCGGCGCCGCCCUUGUGGCAUCCAUGUGGAAUAGCUGGUUGCACUAAAUGUUGCUUCAUUGUAACUCACACUGUUCAAACAAAAGAUGGGGGGGAGGGGUUUAAGAAAUACCCUACAAACCUAUUCUUCCUAAACCAGUUUCUGAAUCCUUUAUCAAAAACAUUCACGGCAGCAUCCCACGCUUGUUGUACUGUCACUGAUUUCUCCUGUGUUCCACACCCAGCUAGUUUUGUAUUAACAUGCAGGUCUCUGGUCUCUAACGACCAGGCACUCAGAAGGAAAAUCACUCCAUGGAGGUCAAAAUUAUUCUUGUAGCACUCAUCUAAAUCAUAUAUUAAUAUAUACAAUUACAAGAUGAUGAGAGGUAUUUAAUGCAAUGCUAACUCGGUGAUUCCAAUGUGAUUGUUUUUUAAAAAUACAAUGUAACUACUAUUAUUUUCUGGGAUCUGAAAUCUCAUCCUACACCAUGACCUGGAACUAAUCAACCACUGAAACACACUGUCCAGUUACACUAAUCUAAAUCAUCCAUGGUCAAUGGAUAUGUCUUUGCAAUUAUAACUGUACAUUUUUGAGAGAAGCCUUUUGCUUUAUUAUGUUCAAGUGAAAGUGCAAGAUCAAAAAUACACAUGAAUAGAAAUGAAUGACUCCUUGAACCUCUGACAAUUUUAACAAUAAAACUGAAAUGUAUGCAUCACGA